AUGGUCGAAAUCAACAAAGAAGUCGAGUCUGCGAUUUUGAGCAUGUACAACUUGCUUGGCAAGCAGCAACAAUUGGAAAAAAAGAAUCAACUCCAAGAAGUGAUCACCGGUCAUUGUCGACUCGUGCUCAAGUUGAUCAAACAAAAACACGCCGACAUUUUGUGUUUGCCUGAAAGACCAUCGAACUCUGAUGUCAUUCAGCACAUUCACGGCCUUGUCGAGCAAAAAUUCAGCCGCAUAUCCGCGACGUUUUCCCCUGAUCGUGCGAUUGAUGGGGACAAGUUUGAGAUCGCAAAGUAUCUCUUGCUGUUAUUUUACGAGUUGACAAUCACUCGCGACGAGAGUCCCAGUAUGCAACAAUUUGUCUCAUCACCGUUGCUCAGAGAAAAGCGCUUCGCUCGCGAGAAUCAAGAGCUAAGGAAUAAGAUUGAUGACUUGGAGGACACCAACAGUGAGACGGAGAUGAGAUACAAAGCUGUUGUUGCUGAGAUAAAUACGAUGGAGACAAAACUGAAACUAGCGAAAAGCCGAAACGACGACCUCCAGAAACAGCUACAAUAUAAGAGCACCGCUUUGGAGAACAGUGAGAGUGCGUUGAACGAUCUCAAAAAACGCCACGAAUACCAGGCGUCCGAUGUGUCGACCUGGAAAAUGGACUACCACAAAGCAUUGCGAACGAUCGAAGAAAAGGAGACGACGAUCAAGGGUUUAGAGCAAGAUAAAGAGCUCUAUAUGGCACAGCUGAAAACGUAUGGGGAGAAAUUCCGGGACGCCGACGCGGAAAUCGAGGAGUUGACGACGAAAAUGAGGGCAUUGGAAAAGUACAAGAGAUUGUUUGAAGAAAAGGAAGACGAACUGCAGAAUUUGAUCGCUGAAAAUACCAGCGAUCGACGAGCUCGACAAUUGGAUGCGGAAAAGAAAGAACAACAAUAUUUGGAAGAUUUCCGCCAACAGGAGGAGGCAAUGAGGGAUUUAAAGGAGAAAUUGGACUCCUCCGAGCAAUUGCACAUCGAACAAAUGCAAUUGAUGGAGAUGGAAAUGAAAAAGGAAAGAGAAGCAAGGGAUUCACUUCAAACGCAUCUCUUUGAUCAUCAACAUCUCAUCGGCGAGCUGCGCAAAGAGAUUCUCGCCCUCGAGGAGCAAUGCCAAAAAUUCGAGACGUGGAAUCGUCAAUUGAAAGCAUCGCUCGAGAAAUCACUAGCUAUCGAGGAGCAAAGCAAGGCACAAUUCGAGCAAAUACUCGCGCUAACGCGAUCUUUCGACAAAUUGGAGGAAGAGAAACAUCGCUUGGAGACAAAAUUAGUGGCAGAGGAGAAGAAAUACUGUGAUCUGCCAUCAGCUAUGAUUGAUGAGAAUACGGCUCCACUUGGGGAACCAAUUCUCUCACCCACCUCAAAAGCGAUCGAAAACGAAGUCGAACCACGAUCGCGACGAGCGAUCUCGACUCGUAAUCGCUCAUUAGCCGUUUUUCCUUCAAACGCCCCUCGCGAGCUCAACUACACACAGGACAAGUACUCACGAUUACGCGAUUUAGCCUCACGCAACACCAUCGCUCAACCACAUCUCAAAGAAUCCUAUUUCCUCGAGACGAACUCCCCGAACUCUGAGGCGAUUCUCCGCGGGAAUGCAAUGGUGAAACACGAGCCAAUCACUCCAAAACAUCAU